GCCCUCCCUCCCCUCACCCGUCCCCUGGUUCUGGAGUGGCUCUUAUCCCUGUCUGUGGUAGGGCUCAUGGACAUGUAUUUACAUGCAUCUACGUGUGUUUACUGCACUGGGUCCUUUGUUCCUAGACUUGGAGACCAUGCUCUAGGUCUCCAGAUCGCCCUGCCACCUCACUCCCCUGUCUGGGACUUCGCUCUUGACCUGACACCUCUGCACAGCAGGCCCUGUGGGGUCCCGAUGGCGGGAUUAUGGUGCCUUGGCUAUCAUCAUGGCGGGAAUUGCGUUUGGCUUUCACCAGCUCUACAAGAAAUACCUGCUCCCCCUCAUCAUGGGUGGCCGAGAGGACAGGAAGCAACUGGAGAGGAUGGAGGCGAGUCUCUCGGAGUUGAGCGGCAGCGUGGCACAGACAGAAUCCAACACAGGGUCAAGAGAGGCUGUAAUUACUGCGGCUCCAGGGACCCUGGCCACCUCCUCUGUCAUCGACUCCACAGGGCUGGCGUUCAUUACCCAGUGCCCCAAUGAUGGCCCAGAUUAGCUGGGACCUGUCGCACCAGAGGUGGCUUUUCUCCUUUAUAAACUUGUUUACCAGGUGGAAGCUCGGAAUUCUAAAAAACUCAGGCAAGUGAGAGAGCCGCUGCCCCAGGCAGGAGCCUGGCCCUCAGGGGCGCAUUUGCAAAGCCCUCAGAAACCCUCCUGAGGAGGCCACCAGUGGGACUCCAAGGCCGGGACAGAGUCAUGUGACACGGCAGCCUCUGAGUGGGGUGGGGAGGGCAGAGAGGGGCAGCAGGGAAACAGAAGUAGCCGUUUUUAACCACUCCUGGAUGUCGUGAACCUGAGUCACGUGCGUCUCUCCCAGGAUUGGAGUCUCUGUGUUUCCACAAGGGUACAGUGAGGCCUGUGAGAUGAGGGAUGCAGGCAUUACCGAAGUUGGAAGAGCAAGGCAAAUCAUAAGCAGAUAUAAUUAGAGGGGAGAGGUUUUGGACGGAUAUACUGUUGACCACGGACAACUACACAAUAGAAAGAUAAAGUAGAAAUACUAGAGGUUAGAUACAGUGCAGGUAGAUUACCCAGAGUGCAGAUAAAUUAUGUGGAUUGCUGGGGGUGGGGGAUGUGUACAGAUAAAUUAGAUGCAGCAGCUUCUAGGUGUGCGGACAGCGAAGGAGGGAUCUGUGUGUAUCGUCUAACAGAGAUGCUCUCAC